GACAUAUUUCUCAACCAGUACUAUGUACAGUACUUGAGUUCUCUCCUUAUAAAACACUCCCACGACAUCACAACCAAUAAGAUUAAAUAUGGACGGCACAUCCAUGCUAGCUCCCAUUGCUAAGAGACUAGCAGGCAAGGUUGCCUUGAUAACCGGAGGUGCAAGUGGCAUUGGCGAGACUACGGCAAGACUAUUCGCUGAACAUGGUGCUAAGGUAAUCAUUGCUGACAUCCAAGACGAGCUUGGUUUCUCAAUUUGCCAAGACAAAAGCACCAAUGGUGCCAUUUCCUACGUCCAUUGCGAUGUCACUAGCGAGUCUGAUGUCCAAAAUGCUGUCAACACUGCGGUGUCGACGCAUGGGAAACUCGACAUAAUGUUCAGCAAUGCAGGGCGUGUUGCCCAACUAGAUGCAAAUAUCUUAGCCUUUGAUCAGGAGGAGUACAAGAAAGUUUUUGAUGUGAAUGUCUGGGGGUCAAUGCUGGCAGCAAAACACUCGGCUAAAGUAAUGAUUCCAGAGAAAAAGGGCAACAUUAUAUUCACCGCAAGCUCUGUAACACAGUCACAAGGAAUGGCCUCGCACACCUACACGGCGUCCAAGCAUGCCGUGGUGGGACUAACGAAGAAUUUAUGCGUUGAGUUGGGGCAGUACGGAAUUAGAGUCAAUUGCAUAUCACCAUUUGCUGUGGCCACACCUAUGCUCCUAAAAGUGUUGGGAAUAGAUAAGGAAACGAUUCAAGAGAUUGUGUCCACCGCGGCAAAUUUGAAAGGGCCAGUUUUGGAAGCAGUAGAUUUGGCAGAGGCAGCUUUGUUCUUGGCGAGCGAGGAGUCCAAGUACGUGAGUGGGCUCAACCUUGUCGUGGACGGGGGUUUUAGUGCCACCAAUAUAGCUUUUCCAGAGGCCAUACGAAAGCUCUCCAACUGAGAGCAAAAGCAUUAUAGUUAUCUUUGGUCCAAGCAUAAUUUCAGCGUACCUACGCGCGUACGUGUCGCGCGCAGUUGUAAUGUUCGUAUGUUGAAAUCUAAAUAAUCUCCUAUGGAAUUAUAAUAAAUGCAGGAAGGUGGAUAAUUUGCUGUGAUA